GCUGGAUUUUCACUUCAUCUUCCCAUCUUCCAUCUUCCAUCUUCCAUCUUCCAUCUUCCUCUUCUCCUUCGCUUCCUCUAUCCACACAACCUACCCCCAUCUCCCUCCACCCCCCUUAAUUCAGCUCUCAAAUUCGCCUCUCUCACACAAUCCCCUCCUGUUUUCAUUACCUGUUGUCUUCUUCCGUUGUUCGCCUCGUCGCUCCUCUGGCGUUCGAAGUACUGUUCUCUUUCCGCUGAGUUGCGCGACUACGCGCAGAACCUUCAUUCAUCAUGGAUAUGAACCAUUUCAUAGGACAGCGAUUUAACUUGAUAUCGAAGAGUGAUAUUCGCUACGUUGGCACUCUCCAUGAAAUAAACCCAGAGGACUCUACCAUUGCCCUGGAAAAUGUCAUUUCACACGGCACUGAAGGUAGACGUGGCAAUCCUGCAGAGGAAAUUGCACCGUCUACUAGCGUGUACGAAUAUAUUGUCUUCCGUGGAAGUGACGUAAAGGAUAUUAGUGUUGCAGAGGAGCAGAAAGAAAACCAGCAACCCGAACCUCCUCAAGUGCCGAAUGAUCCUGCUAUCCUUGGUAGUGGAACGCGACCAGCACCUGCCCAAGGGCCUCCUCGUGGCCAAUCAAAUCAGUUUCCCCCUCCACCCCCUGGUGCGCGUCAACCACCCCCUGGCUAUCCUCAACAACCUCCGUUCCCCGGAUAUUAUAAUCCGUAUGGGCAGCGGUUUGGCCCUCCCGGUUUUCCUCCUGGUCCUGGUUUUCCUAAUGCUCCUUACGGUGCUCCGCAAGGAUGGUAUCCUCCUCCUGGCCAAGGCUUUCCACAGCCACCUGGUCAAUUCCCACAGCCACAAAUGCCCAUUGGCCCUCCUCAACAGCCCCAGCAAGGACAGCAGCAGCAACGUGCUGGCGGUCCCCAACCUCCCCAGCCGCCAAGUGCACCAAAGCCGACCUCAGAGCUCCCUGUUGGUGACAAGGUGCCUGGCAAACCCGUAACUCCAGCCUCCACCAAACCCCCUCCCCCAACAGAACCAAAGCCCUCCACCCCUAAAUCCACUGCUCCUACCACUCUCCCAACGAUAGCGCAGAAACAAGCUGCAGCAGCUCCAGUAGCCAGUGUAGCGCCCAUUUUGCCAGCUGCAGUUGCAGCUACACCGGCAUCUAGCACCCCUUCCAAAACCCCACUUGUUGGGCCAAAAGUUGGAAGGGUUGUGCCUGCUAUACCUAUUUCAAAACCAGCUGUUCCCAGUAUAACCGCUGCAACUGUUACUGGUACCUCAGGUAGCGCUACUACCCAGUCGCCUGUGCAAAAUACCCGAGCUACGUCCACAGCGAUGCAGGACGCAACCCGGGCGGCUACCGCUGCUGUGGCCGCUGCGAUGGCCAAACUUCCUCAGCCUCCCACCCAGGGCUCACAACCGGGCGAUCCAGCGGUUGAGACAGUAACCAAGAAGGUGAAUGAGAUGAAGCCGUUUGACGGGGAUCGGGCUCCUCGUGGUGCACAUCAAAACACUCGCGGCGGUCGAGGUGGUCAUCGUGGAGGCCAUCACCAUCCCCAGCCUAAGAAAGUUGAAGUUCCCACCACUGAUUACGAUUUCGAGUCAGCAAAUGCCAAAUUUAACAAACAAGACCUCGUGAAGGAAGCAAUUGCUUCUGGCUCUCCACUUGGGGAAUCCGAACAUCACGCAGUGAACGGGGCGAACCCUACUGAAGGUGCAGACAAAAUUAAUGGGACUGGAGCUCACGUAGCCUAUAAUAAAGCGUCUUCAUUUUUUGAUAACAUCUCGAGCGAAAGCCGUGAUCGUGAAGAAGGUGCGCGUGGCAAGACGAGUGGUAGAGAGUGGCGCGGUGAGGAGGAGAAGAAGAAUAUUGAGACGUUUGGCCAAGGAAGUAUCGAUGGUGGCUACCGUGGCGGAUAUCGAGGACGCGGAAGAGGUCGGGGCUAUGGUGGACUUCGUGGUGGUAGAGGCGCCUACACUCGAGGCUACACUGGUGGACGUGGACGAGGAGGGUUCCGUGGGGGGAGAGGUGCAUCGCAGGCCACCGGAGUUCCAACUUCGUCAUAGUCCCUACCGUCUCACUUUCGACAUUGUUCUCCCUCCCGCCAAUGGAUGAUCCCGGUUUCUCAAUGCUUUAUCAAAUCGGUAUUCCCCUCUUGAACAACGUUUGCUACAAUGCUAGGGAGAACAAAUUUUUUCAAUACUUGACGAAUAGCGUUUCUUUCCUAGUGAUGAUUUGAAAUUUUGGAACCUCAGGGUUCUCGCCUUCCUUUUUUCGCCUGUGAUCUCCCCCGCUGACAUUGAGAACUGUAUUAUUCCUUUCCCCCUUUCUUGUGUCCCUUCAUUUUUUAUUUUUUCUUGGUGGUGUACCUUUAAUGUCCUGUUGUCUUUGGGCUCCGUCUUACAUGCGAAAGUUUUUCUGGCGUUGGGCCAUUUCCAACCCAUUUCCCAUUUCCCUGGGUGGGUUUUCUUUUGUUCGUUUGUGCUCUUCAAAAACGGCAUAUUCGCACGUAAAUUGUGGGCUAUGUACUUUGUCCUUUAACUUACUUCUUAUGGCGUGCUAUGGGAGCGGGGAGGUUUUAGCGAUCUGCGAAAUUGACGAAAGUUUUUUUUUUUUUUUUUUUUUUUUUUUGUUGCGAGGGAAGAAGAGGGAAGAAGAGGGAAGGACAUUCUUCUUUAAUUAACUAUUAUCAUGGGAUGUAUUACCUACUUGCUAUUUUAUCUCCAUUUCAUGUGAUCCUUUUUUUCCCUUUUUGCCUCUGAUUCUAGCCACGAACUACCUGUGAUAUUUUUCGAUUCUUGUUCGUGUUUAUUAUUUUAUACUCCCAUUCGCUAGUUUGUUUUUUCUUUCUUUUUUAUCCUCCCCCGUUGCAUUUAUUUGCGUCCUACAAUCAUCCUUUUCGUUUUCCGCAUUUGUCGUGCUUGAUUUUCGUACUCUUUGUUCUCAUCCACCCCCCUUUUCCGCUAUAUGUUUGUUCAUUGAUAUGGGAUGUGUCUAUGCAUUCAGGAGGCCAUGAUACAUUGUGUGGUCUGGUAUAAAUUCUCUCUCCAUCCUUUCUUUCAGAGGAAGUGAAUUGGGGCUGUUUUUCACUCACUACACUAUUUUGUUGUCUUGGUGCAUGUUAAAAAUAUGUAAUUUAUACACAGACACAGUCACGAACACGGACACCACAACACCCCCUCCCCCCAUUGGAAAUUCGAAGAAAAACGAAAAAUGCGGAGUCGAUAAUUCAGAUUAUAUAUGAGCUUAUGAGCCUAAACGAAAUAUAAUAAUCAUAAAAGUGGCCAUUGUAAUAGGGGUGUGCUAUUCGACUUCGACAUGAAAGGAUCUUUGAUUCUUCCUCCUAUGUAUUUUUGUUGUACUUUAAGAGAAAUAUCUAGCUGGGUAUUAAGACCCGCUUUUGAAUGUGUCCUCUACGCUGUAUAGUUAUGCCAAGUUACGGUGUUGCUUGAAGUGUUGUGUGGGAAGCUCUGUUUCACAUGCACGCGAGCAGCCAGGGGUACAAACUCCUGGCAAUCGAACAGAAGAAAUACACCACUCUAUAGCCGCCUUCAGCAAGUCGUUUUUUUCAUAAAUAGAUGAGUACUAGUAUCUUACUCUCUCCUGCUUGAAUGCCAUACGUAUUUAUACACAUACUAUCCAUCUUGGUAGAAAUAGCAAAAGAACGAAGAACAGAGUCACGAUAUUGCAACAUGUGAAGAAGUUUCUUGCCGGAAUGGAUGACUAAGCCGCGGGCCGCAA